UGGGCUCAAGGUGGAGGCUGGAGGAAAUGCUUUCUCCCUCACGGACUCUCUCCAUCCUCUCCACCAGUUCUUCUGCAGUUCCUGGGUCACUCAAACAAGCAGCUCAUUGUGCCUGAUCCGGCAGCUGAGGCGGCGCCAGGAGCAGGAGCAGGAGCAGGGACAGAGCUGAUGGCUGGUGCCCAGGGGAGGAGUCUGCCUCUUGGGGCAUCGGGAGCCCAGGGAGAAUUGGUCCCCUCUGGGUCUGUGGGUCCUGGCCACACCAUGCAGUCCCCAUACUACAGCCUCUCCCCGGGGCUCAGCCUCAGUGACUUCAUCCCAGGCCACCUCCAGGCACAGACAUUACCGCACCGUCAAGGGACCCGGGUGUCUGUGCUCCGGAACGGUGGCUCCAACACGCUCAACUUCCAGUUCCAUGAUCCAGCCCCCAGGACAGUGUGCAAUGGGCACUCGGCACCCAGGAGAGUCGCCCCAGAUCCUUCUUGGUACCAAACCUGGCCUGUUCCUGAGAGCCAGGUCCCUGGAAGCACUAAGCAACCCGUAUCCCAGCGUGGCCCAAACUGGUCGGCUACGUGGACCAAAGGCAGCAAGCAGCGGGACAAGUGCUGGGUCAAAUAUGAGGGCAUUGGGCCGGUGGAUGAGAGCGGCAUGCCCAUCGCUCCUCGUUCUAGUGUAGGCAGCCCACGGGACUGGUACCGGAAAAUGUUCCAACAGAUCCACCGAAAACUUCCAGAGCUGCAGCUGGACUGGGCUUUUGAGGAUCGAGGCAAAGAAUCCAGGCAUCUCGGGCCACUGUUGAGAACUGCCUCUCAGAGACCCAUCUCCCCAGCAGGUGAGAGGAGCCACAGGGACCCUAAAGAAGGGGCUGGAAACAUCUUCAGCUCUAAGCCUGGAACCUCAUCUCUCUUGCAGACAAGACCUCAGGUGGUCAGGUACCAGAAGCAAGGUGAUGAUAUCUGGACUGAGGACUCCUGGAACCAAUUUCUACAAGAACUAGAGACAGGGCAGAGGCCCAAGAAGCCACUGGUGGAUGAAACCGCUGAGAAGCCCUCUUUACCAAUUGAGAUCUUACUGGAGAGGGAACUGGCCAGACUGAACGAAGAGCUGGACAAAGACAUGCGAGCCAUUGAGAUGAAGCUGCCCCCAGACAAGGGCUCAGUGCAGGCUAGCCGCCCCCAGGACCGAGGACCCUUGGCUCGCUUGUCUCCAGCCGGGGCUUCCAGCCCAUCCCAAGCACUUUACCAUAGCACCUCGAGGGCCCUGAGCCCCCACAGAAUGGAAGAUGGAGGGAGCCCCUUCCUGGGUCGGAGAGACUUUCUCUACCCACCCCCCACCCAAGAUCCAGAUGGGGCAGAGCCUGGGGGUGGCCUGGCCAAGAAAGAAGAUAAGAAGAUGAAGGCUGCACGGCUCAAAUUUGACUUCCAGGCUCAGUCACCCAAGGAGUUGACCCUGCAGAAGGGAGACAUCGUGUACAUCCACAAAGAGGUGGACAAAAACUGGCUGGAAGGAGAACAUCAUGGGCGGCUUGGCAUCUUUCCAACUAACUAUGUAGAGGUGCUGCCCCCAAAUGAGAUCCCAAAGCCCAUCAAACCCCCAACCUACCAGGUACUGGAAUAUGGAGAAGCUGUGGCCCAGUACAACUUCAAGGGGGACCUGGAGGUGGAGCUAUCUUUCCGAAAGGGUGAAAGGAUCUGCCUGAUAAGGAAGGUCGAUGAGAACUGGUACGAGGGUCGAAUCUCAGGGACUGGACGACAGGGCAUCUUCCCUGCCAACUACGUCCAAGUCUCCAAAGAACCCAGACUCAAGGUCUGCGAAGAUGGUCCUCCCCCUACCCACCUGAACCUGGCUGGCUCCCAAGUCCCUGGGUCCCCACGCCUGGGCACCUCUCGCCUAGGAAGGCCAUCUUGUUCCCCCUCUGCACCCCAAAGCACAGCUGACACCACUGAUUGGGGGAGCCAGACCUCUCCCUAUCGUACUGGUUUCACCUUUCGUUCCAGCACCCAAGAACCUUCCCCACGGACCUCUCCAUCCCGACCUCAAAGCCAGGGUCUUGGUGCCUCCAGGACAUUACCACCCCACCACUGGGGUCCCAGCCCUCACCAAGACCUUUCUUCCUCUUCUGGAUCCUCUAAUAUUCACUGGACCCCGUACCGGGCAGUAUAUCGAUAUUGGCCCCAAAAUGAAGAUGAAUUGGAGCUUCGGGAAGGAGACCAGGUGGAUGUCAUGCAGCAGUGUGACGAUGGCUGGUUUGUGGGUGUCUCUCGGAGGACCCAGAAAUUUGGAACAUUCCCAGGAAACUAUGUGGCCCCUGUGUGAGUGGGCACUUUGGCAGCCUGGAGCGAGCCCAGAGCUCUGUCAUAUGAAGGCCCAGCCCGGGGGGUGGGGAGAAGGGGUGGAGGUGGGAGGUGGUGAUACAUUUAGGGCACUGAUGGCAAGGGUUCUCUCUGUAACCUCCCCUUCCUCAGUUAACCCCCACUGCCCACCGACAGCUGCUUUGUUGUGAUGUUUCUCUAAGACCUGAGGGAGGAUGGGGGUGGUGGGAGGGGAGGGGCAUUUGCAGGAUGCCACAGCUUCUGUGAGGCCCCAUCCUGUGUCAGACACAACCGCCAACCCUCUGCCUCCUCUUCCCAUCCUCCCUGCCUUGGGGGAGCUGGAAUAACUCUGCACUCAGAUUCACAGACAUUCCUCUAACAGCCCCCUUCCUUCACUGUAUAGCUCUACCAAGGACUAGUUCCCAGCUUUAUUGAGACCAGACACGUAUUCUCUUUCUCUCCACCCCUCCCCCCUCCAUCAUCUCCACGAAGUGGCACAUCCUGUAACAAAGACCAACUUCUUAACUUAAUGGGGACCAAAUGCUUCCACCUGGAAGAGCUUUCUUCCCCAAAUCCCACCUUGCCUUCCACUUCAUGUGCCUCCUCUGGAGCCCUCCCCUCCCUUUCUUUGCUAGCUGAGUCGGGAAAAGGGGGAGGUGGGGAGGAAGUAGUGAGGGACCAUUUUCCUUCUCUCCUCAGAGCUCCCAGUAAAGGUUGAGCCUUUAAAGCUAGCAUUCCGAUCCAGUAGUUCUGGGAGACUCUGGCUGCACAUCCUUCCACCUAUGACACCCUUGUUCUCUGCUUGGAGAGACUGUAUAAUAAACCUGGACCCACCUUUCUUGACUGAG